AUGGCUAAGGCGUUGUUCGAAGGCAAACCAGGGCUCGAGUACAUUGCGCUGAGCUACACGUGGGGCACGAGGCAUGUGGCUGGCUUCAGGACCAAGAAGAGCAACUUCAACAGCUUGACUAUUCCAGGCGCCGUCUCAAAGCAGACCAACAUCCCACACACAAUCAAACACGCCAUGCACGUCGUCUGGUUGCUAGGAGAGCGGCACCUCUGGGUAGACUCCCUGUGCAUCAAAUGCGACGACGAGGAACAUUUGCAAGAACACCUGGGCAGCUUCAGAUUAUAG